AUGUUGGAUGGAUUGGUUUCGAUGGGAACCACUUAUAACUCUUCAUUUUGUUAUAAUGUGUCACGUGGAAAAUUGGUUACCAUCGAAUGUGAUUAUCCGAUGUUUUAUUAUCUCGAGAGUUUACUCUAUCGAUCGUUUUUUGGAGUGUUUUUUGAUUUGGUCGAAGUUCUGUUGUUGAGUGCUUUGUGGUUUUGUAAUAUUUGGAUACAACGAGAUUUUAUGGAAGCUUAUAUGUCAUCAGUGGCGUUGCCGCUAACUGUCUCAACUAUUAUGAAAAUCGCAACAUUGGUUUGGAAUUUUUUGUUUCCGAGAGAAAUUGAGAAGUGAGUUUUUAUUCAAAAUUCUUCAAAUGUAUUUUUGUUUCAGAGCUUGGUUAAUUGAUAUGAUCUACGCAACAUCAAUGACAACAUCUCAACUAACUCUUAUCCAAGGUCUUCCAUUUCUUCUCUACAUGGCUACUAAAAUGGGUACAACUCGGAAACAAAACUAUAAUUGUUGUACUUGGGUUCCAUUUCUUCUUGUCCUCAUGCUUUCGCUUCCACUUUCUGCCAUUUUCAAUAUGUGCUCCAAACCAACUUUUGCUGCUCCAUCUCUAAUUAUGAUUUUGGCUCUUAUCAUAAUUGCAAUGGCUUUUAUGUUUGCUUUGAUUGGAAUGGGAUGUCUCGCUUUUACUUGUUGUUCUGGAACUAAAAUGGCAAUGGAUAUGUUGGAUCCAGUUGUUUUUGAUGCAAGAAGUCGAUUGGGAUGGGUUAUGUUAUUCUCGCUUGCUGCGCCAAUCACAUUUUAUCCAUGUCUUUGUUAGUUUCAAAGGAAAAAAUUAUAUUUUCUAGAAAAAUAAUUUCAGAUUGUUAUGUUUCUCUUGCAUUUUUCCUUGAUCUCUCAAAUGACUACGAUCUUCUUACAAAUGAAAUGGCAACUCGAACUUGGAACUUCUUUUUUGGCCCAAGUGUUCUCAUUUUCACAUUUGUUAUUCUCCCAUCUUACCGUGAUACAAUUCUGUGUGGCUGCAAAUAUCGUCAAUUCACCAAAAAAGUUCAAAUGUCUCAAUUGAAUCCUGCUAUGACUCAGGUACAGUAAUCCCAAACACAGGUGAUAAUGUGUUUUGUUGUGUUCAGAUCAGCGCCAUGACUACGACACCAGUUAUUCCAAUUGUUUCCCAGCAACCAAAUGAAAAACAGCUGAAAUCUGAACCGAUAUUUCAAAUAACUGGAGGAAAACCAUCGUCUGGAAAAAAAGGAUGGAUAUCCAACACAAACUUUUUAAUAUUUUAUUAUUGA